CUGACAAGAAGUUCCGAAAAAAUUAUCGUUCUUUUUCUAUCUCUGUAAGUUGACUAACAUCAGAAAACGCGAGUGUCUCAAAGUUGCGGUAAUAUAGCCACUUGCGACAAAAUAGCCAUAUUUUAUAAUAAUUAUUAAGAGCAUUUACAAAAAUUAUAUAUUACUCACUUUUAUCAAGCAUAUUUGAAAGGACGUCUAAAAAUGAAUUGUUAUUGAUAAGAUAAAUUGUUGUUAAAAUAAUAAAUUCAUAUGAAACAUAACACUUAUUGAUCAGUGAUACAACUAAACAACAUCGUGAAGUUCGAAUUAUUUGAAGAUUCUCUAUCUGGGAGAAAAAAGGUUAAAAUGAGAAGAAUGGAAACUACAAGUAAAAUGGUUCCAAUAUGGUGAAUCUGUAUUCUUUGCAUUACUAAUAUGUUAAAACAUAAAUAAAUCAAGCAAUAAUGGAGGCUAUAGCUAUCAGCGAGUGUGCACUCAAAAAAAUGCACGUCUAAGUCUAAAAAUGUGACUUCAUUAAGCCGCAAAUGGAAGGGAGGAAAUCUACAGUUAAUAUCUUCAAGAAGUUCAAAAUGUCCAUCAACAGGCCACUUAUUCCAUUAAAGAUAUUUCUCUUCUGUUUCUAUGGAGCGGGAUCCUUCGUAACAGCAUUCCUUACAGUCCAUUUUAAACAUCAUGGUAUGACACUUGCUGAACUGUCAACGGCCUACAUGAUUUCUCCAAUCGUACAAAUUGGUGGAACAUUGCUGUCAGGAAUCAUAGCAGACAAAAUAGGACGCUCCAAGCCGGUAUUAUCAGCAAACUUAGCGAUAACAGUAUUAACCAUGAUAGGUAUUAUGUUAAUACCAAGCCCAAAGUAUAUUAAUUGCAAUGUACAAACAGAGUACAAUUCUUCUUCGAAUAAUAACGUCACAAACAUGAAAUGUGACGUAGGACAAUUAGAAGAAAAUUUGUGUUACAAACAAUGCAUAAAUGAGUCUUCAAAAAACUACAGUGAUCAAACUACAAUUAAAAAGGGUUCAACGUCAUUUGAACAUGUGAUGAAUGAAACCAUUGAAAUCCAAAAUCUUUGCAGAUCGAAAAACUUUACAAUGUGCAAGUGCAAUGAAUCAAAUGGCACUCUUUGUUCUACUGUUUGCCCAAGUGAACCAGACACUAAGUGUUACGAUGAAAGUCAAAGGAGUACAUUGAGCAAAGUAACUAUUCUUCUUUAUAUCUUGUGGAUGACUGCGUAUUCAAAUUCCUAUAGGAUUUGUGACGUUACUACCAUGCAUUUGGUGACGAUGCAUAAUGCGGACUAUGGUAGGCAACGUCUUUUUUGUAUGGUUGGAAAUGUUAUAGUUUCAGUUCUAGCAGGUUAUUUAGUAAAAAUUACGACACCGAUAGGUGGCGAAAAAAAUUACUCAACUGCUUUUUACUUAUUUAUAUCAUUGAUCAGUUUCUGUUUUCUCGUCGUUUAUAAAUUAGAUGUUCAAGUCAAACCGCCUGGAAGGAAAAUGAAGAAAAAUGCAGCAAUACUGUUGAAAAAUCCCGAUAUUUUGGUUUUUGCAUUCGUGGUUCUAAUCCUGGGCACUUCUUGGAACUUUACAAAUAAAUUCAUAUUUUGGUACUUAGAAGAAAUGCAAGCUCCAAGUGUUCUCCUCGGACUAAUUCCUGCCAUUGGAGCUUUGUAUGGUUUGCCAUUUUUGUUUACAUCAGAAUGGUGGAUGAAAACAAUUGGGACAACAAAGUUUUUUAUUAUAGGACUUUUAGGUUAUGUCUUAUACUGCAUUGGAUAUUCAUUUUUAAAAGAUCCAUGGAUGUCACUGUUAUUAGAAUCUGCAAAUAUUGUGACUUAUCAUCUCUUGUGGGUUGCAGUGAUUUUAAAGAGCCACGAGAUGGCCCCAGAAGGACUGACAGCAACUGUUAUUUCUGCUGCGGGAUCAAUCCAUUUCCAAUUAAGUAAAACAUCAGGAAGUUUGAUUGCCCGCUUCGUGAUGAACAACUUUGGUGGACCUGCUGCUUACCGAUUUGUUGCUGGAAUGUGCUUCGUGGUUGCUGUUUUUUACUCACUUUACCUUUACUGUAGAAAUUGCUAUGCCAGUCAAUUUCAAGUUUUAGAACAAAGUAAUCAGGAAAAUGAUGAGAAAAUCGAGUGUUAAAUUGAAGCAGAGGAAUGAUAUAAGAUUCCUGAUUAUGUAAAUGUUUAUACUAGAGUUGAAUAAAAUGUAAAUAAAUUU